AAAAAAAAAAAGAGGUGACGACUAACAAAAGAGAAAAAUAAAAUGGGAUCUCAUGUCGUUGGUAACACACAAAAACCACACGUUGUUUGCGUCCCCUAUCCAGCUCAAGGCCACAUCAACCCUAUGAUGAAAGUGGCUAAACUCCUCCAUGCUAGAGGCUUCCACGUCACUUUCGUCAACACCAUCUACAACCACAAACGUUUCCUCCGUUCUCGUGGGUCCAAUGCCCUUGACGGGCUUCCUUCCUUCCGGUUCGAGUCCAUUCCCGAUGGUUUACCGGAGACCGAUAUGGACACUACGCAGGACAUAACAGCUCUUUGCGAGUCUACCAUGAAGAACUGUCUCGCUCCGUUCCAGGAGCUUAUCCAACGGAUCAAUGCGGGAGAUAAUGUUCCUCCCGUGAGCUGUAUUGUAUCCGACGGUUGUAUGAGCUUUACGCUUGAUGUUGCCGAGGAGCUUGGAGUCCCGGAGGUUCUUUUUUGGACAACCAGUGGUUGUGCGUUCUUGGCCUAUCUACACUUUUACCUCUUCAUUGAGAAGGGUAUAUCUCCGAUGAAAGAUGAGAGCUACUUGACGAAGGAGCACUUAGACACGGUUAUAGAUUUUAUACCGUCAAUGAAGAAUCUAAAGCUGAAGGAUAUUCCUAGCUUCAUACGUACCACAAAUCCUGAUGAUGCUGUGCUUAAAUUCGCCCUCCACGAGACCGAGCGAGCCAGACGUGCUUCUGCUAUCAUUUUAAACACAUUUGAUGACCUUGAGCAUGGCGUUAUCCAGGCUAUGCAACCCCUUUUACCUCCGGUUUAUUCAGUUGGACCGCUUCAUCUCUUAGCAAACCGGGAGAUUGAAGAAGGUAGUGAGGUUGGAAUGAUGAAUUCAAAUUUAUGGAAAGAGGAGAUGAAAUGUUUGGAUUGGCUUGAUACUAAGACUCAGAACAGUGUCAUUUAUAUUAACUUUGGGAGCAUAACUGUUUUGAGCCGGGAGCAGCUUAUAGAGUUUGCUUGGGGUUUGGCUGGAAGUGGGAAAGAGUUUUUAUGGGUGAUCCGGCCGGAUUUAGUAGGCGGAGAGGAAGCCGUGGUUCCAUCGGAGUUUUUAACCGAGACCGCAGACCGGAGAAUGUUAGCGAGUUGGUGUCCUCAAGAGAAGGUCCUCUCCCACCCAGCGGUUGGAGGGUUCUUGACGCAUUGCGGGUGGAACUCAAUAUUGGAAAGUCUUUCGGGUGGAGUUCCUAUGGUGUGUUGGCCAUUUUUCGCCGACCAGCAAACAAAUUGUAAGUUUUGUUGUGACGAGUGGGAGGUUGGGAUCGAGACAGGUGGGGAUGUGAAGAGAGGUGAGGUUGAGGCGGUGGUUAGAGAGCUUAUGGAUGGAGAUAAGGGAAAGAAGAUGAGAGAGAAGGCAGGAGAGUGGCGGCGCUUGGUAGAGGAAGCAACGGAGCUUAAACUUGGUUCCUCCUUUGUGAAUUUUCAGACAGUUGUAAGCAAGUUUCUUUUGGGACAAAAAUCACAGGAUUAACUAAAACUGUAAAACAUAAGAUGAUCACAGAAAUGUAUCAUUUAUAAUAAUUACCGUAUAAGUGAUUCUUUUUAUAAGAUGCUAUAGAAUUUCACUAUGUUUCACUUUA